UUUCUCUCUGCCUCUCUGUGCUUGCAGUUGUGGCAAUGGCAGCCUUGCAGUCUUCACUUGCAUUCUUCUCUCCAGUCUCCCACUGUCUCCAGCAAUCAUACACACUCUCUGGGUUGUUACCCUGCGUGGCUCAUAGAAGUGCAAAAUCAACAUUCAAUGGCCAGUCUUUGCGCAUUUCUCGGCCCCAAUGGGCACCACUGAGACAGUCUAUUCAAGCUUCUAGGUCCAUCAGAAUGAUGGCGACAACAAGAAUUCAAUUUAUCCAGGGAACUGAUGAGCAGACAAUACCAGAUGUGCGGCUUACCAAAUCGAAAGAUGGUACCAAUGGCAUGGCUAUAUUCAGGUUUGAGCAGCCUUCUGUCUUCGACUCGUCUGGCGAAGUUGGUGAUAUCACUGGCUUUUACAUGAUUGAUGAAGAAGGGGUCCUUUCAUCUGUUGAUGUUAACGCAAAAUUUGUCAACGGGAAGCCUGCAGGGGUUGAAGCAAAGUACAUAAUGCGGACGCCAAGAGAAUGGGACAGAUUCAUGAGAUUCAUGGAGCGCUAUGCUAAUGACAACGGCUUGAGUUUCAUCAAAAGUUGAGGCAAUGGAAUCAAUAAUCUGAUACUGGCUCUUCCAUGGCAUCUUACCAAUGGUUGCCUUCUUUGAAGUCAAUGAACCUCGAGAAUCGUAGUCCACCAAUGUAGCUUAAUGUAAGUACACCAUGUUCCUUCUAAUUCAACCAAUUUUUCUGUUAUUAAGAUUCAUGCUUUCAAGUUAAAGAGGUGAGAUAUUAUAUAUUUCGAAGCCUUCAUUCUUUUGAUUACUCUACUGUAAUUUGAAGAAAUGAUACAAUGAUGGCUACAGAUUAAACAAGUUAUUCAAUGUCUGUUAUCAUC